AUUAGUAGAAUGCCUAUACAACUUUUACUGUGAAACAUUGCCCGACUGCGCUGGUAAUUGUGUUUGAUUCGAGCUUAAAACUCGUGACUGACGUCGGAACUGAAACUGUCCUGACUGCACCCUUCAACCACUAUGUUUUCACUUUUGGUAGCUCAUUAUUUUACCUAGGCGAGAAUGCAAGGAAGUCUUUUAGAAAUGUUAGACAGAAUUUAUCAUGCAUUUAUGGUGUUGACAUUGUUUUUCCAACCACACCAAGCCGCUAUCCAUUCCCUUCAUGGUCGAUCACUGGCGACUCAGGGGACUUCAUAUCCUAAGAACAUUCAGGUUAUCAUGGUAGACGAUAUUAUCGUCUACCAAUACAAUAGUGCUACAGGGGAAUCCUCAGUACCGAAGUGGCUGAACCAUUCAGAGGAUGUUUUGCUCUGGAGAGAGAUCAGGAGUACUUUGAGAUAUAAUCAAUUCAUCAUGGACACCGCCGUUAGACUGACAAGUGAGCGUUUCAACCAAUCACAAGACCAUAUUUACCAAGUUCAUGGUCAGUGUCAUUUGAAUACGGAGGAUGAAAGCAUAUCAGGGCGCUCUCUCCAUGCUUAUGAAGGGAAAGACUUUGUAAGUUUUGAUGUUACAUCCAGGACAUGGAUAGCUGUGGCAUCUGAAGCAGUCUUUUAUAAACGGAAAAGAGAAGAAAACAAUGAAGAUCUUUUUCGGCUGGUAUACCAUUAUGAAAUCCAGUGCAUCGACUGGCUGAAAAAGUUACUGCAUCUCAGCAAAGAAAAGAGAAAAGAAAAAGGUAGAAGAAACUCAAAAUAACGUCAAAUAGGAAUUAACUUAAUUUUGCUCGCUCUCUAUCACACACACACACACACACACACUGUAGUCAAUGCUGAUAAUGCACAAGUAAACUUGUUAUUCAGUUGCAAUGAAACAGAAGUCCUAUGUUCUCAGCUUUAGGAGAAUUUCUUGCUUUAUGCAGUUCCAGAUGUUGUGCUGAUUGAAACAUCUUCCCUGGGUACCUCUGACACAGUGGUCACAUGUCACGUAACUGGAUUUCACCCUCGGGCGCUGCAGGUGGAGUGGCUCAAUCAAGAAGGCCACAUAUUGGACAGAGUGAGUAAUGGGGAGGUACUGCCCAACGGAGAUGGUACGUACCAGAUUAGGCGAACCCUGAGUGUACCAGACGGAGCCCGAUGGUCCCAGUUCUACAGGUGUCAGGUCGUGCAUAGCGGUGUGACUGGAAACAUCACAUUGGAAUGGAG